GACUCCUGACCUCCCUGACCUCCACCACUCCAGUUCCCAGGUGGCAUUGCCCUUCAUAUUGUCAGUUUCUCUCCAUUUCGAUCUGAUCAAUCCUCACCAGCCACCGCGCUGCACCCACUUCUCCCUUCACACCUCGCGAUCGCCACUUGCACCCUACCCGUUAUGGCCAUCCACUCCACCGCCGACGACGGCCCCUCGCCAGACCACCCCCAGCAAGCAGCCCCUCCGCAUCCCAUCGACAUCGAAGCAUGGACCGAGCAAGCAACCGCCGCAAUGAGCGCCGUAACCAUCGCCGCACCCCCAGGCGGAGAAAGCAUCCAACAAACCGCAACCGUGACGCUCUCGAUCCCCCUCGACGAUGAGCAUCACGACCCAGCACCUCGGUCCACGCCCGCCGCCGCAGCACCCAAAACCACGGCCACGGCGACAGCAGGCGACGCAGGGUACUACAAGCGCAAGGAGCCCCUCCGCCGCGACAGUAUGAAACGCCGCGACGCGCUCCUCAAAGGCAAAGAAGGCAGUCGCCGCCGCCAGCGCUGGGAAAACGACCACCUCCUCACAAACCCACACCUCACGCCCCCGUCCCCGCACGACUGGGAAAUCCACCCAACCUACCCAACAACCCACGUACCCUACUACCUCGCGCCCCUCUGGGACGCCGGCCUCGCGCGCCAGUCCGCCGCCCGCCGCGCCGCGAAAUCGUCCAAGGGUACCUCGCGGACCGUGCAGACGGCCCCGUCGGCGCCGGGCAUCGUGCCGCGCGAGCUGCGGGAGCGGCUUAAGAAAGCACGAGGCGCGAAGGGUCUGCUGCGCGACCUCGAGGGCGAGGUGAGGGCGUUUGUCGAGGUGUGGGAGGAGAGGGGGCGGGCGGCGGAGAGGGAUGGGCUGCCUGUUGAUCCUGAUAGCAGCGAUGAUGAGAUUGUGUUUGUUGGGAGGGGCGGGAAGAUGAGGGAGGAUGAGGAGGUGAGCAGGGAGAUGAAGCUGUUUGAGACGCCGGUUAGUGACCAGACGGGCACGUUUGGGAGGUGGCUGGUUCAUCAUAUCGGGACGUACUAUGGCCUCCGGACGUGGUCGGUUACGAAGGGGGAUCCCGCGAGGAGGGAGGCGUAUGUCGGGAUUGUGGAUGGGGGGAAGGUGAGGGCGAAGACGGGGAGGGAGGUCGGGGGUGGGACUGGGUGUGGUUUGCCUAGGCCGCUUUAUGGGUUGGUUUGAUGGGGUGGUGAGGGUAGAGUAUAGAUGGGUAACUAUAGAGUGGGUAGGUAGGUUAGAUUCACUCUUCUCGUGGUGGGUGGGGGGUUUGAGAGGGGAGAUAGAUAUAUACAUGUGUCGUUUUGUGUGCUUGUGUGAUCGUGUGUGCUUGAAUCUGGGUGGCAGUCGGUCUUUUGGAUCGUGUCUUGAGUGAAGAGAAUGCAGAGAGACAGAGAGCGAGAUGGAGCUGGUGGUAUAC